GAUUGUCUUUGUUGCCCGAUAUUUAUAUAAAAUAAAUUAAAUGAAUUGAGUAUGAUAUGUCUAAAUUUACCUAUAUUGAUACGUACGGAAUAGUUUCUAUUUAUAGCUAAUGUCGGAAUUCGAAAGUAAUUUUUAAGGCCAGCAGAAUAAACGUUGAUCAAAUGGUCAGUUGUACUUAAAUGAGCGUGACAUAUUCAAUUUUCACUGUUGCACCUUGUACUUUGAAUUUAAAUUUUUAUCACAGUUUAUACAAUGAGAUAAUUUCGUGUUGAAAUCGACAAUGGUUAGUAGUAGUGGUGAUUUAUCUUCCGUGAUAGAUAGUCGAUAGUAAAGUUCUAAUGGUGCAAAAUGCGAUAACAAUGGGACAAAAUUCCAGCUUACCGAAAGGUAGAAGGAAGUCCUUGCGAUCAUUCAUCAAAAGAUCUGAUUCGAAGGCCAACUCAUUGAGCCACACUUUCACCUUAAACGAAAAUGACGAUAGAGUAGACAGAUUGAAUAUUAACAUUGCAAGUGAAGAAGAAUUAAUGACAUUAGAUGGAGUUAAUAGAGAAAUAGCUAAAAGUAUAGUGGAUCAUAGGAGAGCCAUAGGUCGAUUUCGUAAAGUUGAGGACUUGGCCGUUGUCAGGGGCAUUGGUGCUGAUAAAUUACAGAAAUUGAGACCAGAAAUUUGUGUUUCGUCGAGGAGAAGCCAAAGCUAUACUUCUUCUAGAGCUCAAAGUUAUGACAGUUUGAGAAGUUCGGAAUCUAGACUGACUCUGAAGUCUAAUAGGCUUGUUAAUGUUAAUAAAGCUAGUGUUUUUGAGUUGCAAAAUGUUAUUGGGGUGACACAGGAGAUUGCCGCUGCUAUUGUACACUACAGAAACAAGAAGGGGGCCUUCAAACAUGUAGACGAUCUUAUAAAAGUAAAAUGUUUAGACAACCUGCGGUUAGCCACCAUCGGCAGAUACCUAACAACGGAAGAUGAUGACGAAGUGUUCGACAUCGAUGAAAACCGGCCCAGCAUCCUCACCAACGGCUACACCAUGCCCAAUCAGUCCAACAACAAACCCAACGGUAUGCCUCAAAGACUGGCUAUCAGGAACGGACUGAGCACGUCCAGUGCCAUAGAUAUAUUCGAAUUGCUGUCGGCGUACUCACCCAGGCCGGUCGUAAGGGAGGUUUUUAACUUCACAAGAAACGACGAACCCGCCGUUAGGGUGGCUUCUUGGAAUCUGCACGAAUUCGCCUACGAGAAAGCCGGGAAUCUGGGUGUCAAGGAGGUCAUUUGUAGGACGAUUUUAGAGAACGGGUUUUCCAUCGUAGCUGUUCAAGACGUACAGAACGUAAUAGCUCUGAGAAUCAUCUGCGACGAACUAAACAAUCCCAAACUUCAAAGAGUGAAAGAGUGGAGUAAAAAUAACCAUCACAACUGGAACUUUUGCAUGUUAGAUGUUCACAAUUCGAAAUUAGGAUUUAUUUAUGAUUCAGAUGGAGGUGUUCCUGUCGACUUGAUAUCUUUAAGUGAAGGACCUACAGACACGAAGAGCGAAUGCGAGGCUUUGGUGGCUUCGUUUAGAGUGGGCAACAUAAAUAUGCAAUUGGUCAAUUUGAUGUUACACAAAGGCACAAACAUCGAAUUGCUGAAUCAGAAAUUCAAGGAGUUGACCACCGAAAGCGAUCUGCUUAUGGUUUUCAUCGACUUUAGUGACGUACGAAUAUUGACAGAUGACCAUUUCAACAUCGGCAAUCUGCAGUCGGUAUUUUCGCAGAACACGAACACCACUUUCGUGCAGCAUCCGGCGCCCGGAGCCAGUUCGCACACCACCAACCUUCUGUACAACACCAAACUACAGAAACAUCUUACCGGUACGAACGGAGUCGUCAAGCAGGGCCUCAUCCACCUAGCCAUUCCAAACGGUUGGUCCUGGGGCGGACCGGCUAGUCCCUACUGUCCCGUCUAUGCGGAAUUGUUCACCAAUUCCACGUCAGACGUCGCCUUGUGAUAUUUAGCUUUAUUUAGUUUGAUUUUAGCCUUAAUUGAUCACAUCUAAGUGAUGGAAAUUUGUGUACGAUGUGCUUGCUGUUAGAAAAGUCUACUGAACUGAGUUUAGAAGUUGACAGAUUAUUGUUAUUCGUUUUCCAGUGGCGUAGAUAAGGAAAUUUAUCAUUUCAGCAGUAAUUAAAUAAAAAAUGAAGUUUUUAAGUAUAAUUGACAUCAAAAUUCUACUAAUCUAUCUCAAAUUUAUUGUAGACUUACCGAUUUUUAUUUAGUCCCUAAAUUUACUUAUUACAU